GCGGGGGCCGGCGGGGCCGUGGGAGCGCGCGGGAGCGCACGGCGGGGCGCGGCCAACGCUGGGACGCGGAGCUCGGAGGGACGCGGCCGGCGCCCAUGGCGUUCGCGCUGCUGCGGCCAGUCGGCGCGCACGUGCUGUACCCGGACGUGCGGCUGCUAAGCGAGGACGAGGAGAACCGCAGCGAGAGCGACGCGUCGGACCAGUCGUUCGGCUGCUGCGAGGGCCUGGAGGCGGCGCGGCGCGGCCCGGGCCCCGGGGGCGGGCGGCGGGCGGGCGGCGGCGCGGGCCCCGUGGUGGUGGUGCGACAGCGGCAGGCGGCCAACGCACGGGAGCGGGACCGCACUCAGAGCGUGAACACGGCCUUUACGGCGCUGCGCACGCUCAUCCCCACCGAGCCGGUGGACCGCAAGCUGUCCAAGAUCGAGACGCUGCGCCUGGCAUCCAGCUACAUCGCGCACCUGGCCAACGUGCUGCUGCUGGGCGACUCGGCCGACGACGGGCAGCCGUGCUUCCGCGCCGCCGGCAGUGCCAAGAGCGCCGUCCCCACCGCCGCCGACGGCGGCCGCCAGCCGCGCUCCAUCUGCACAUUCUGCCUCAGCAACCAGCGCAAGGGGGGUGGCCGUCGUGACCUGGGGGGCAGCUGCUUGAAGGUGAGGGGGGUAGCCCCCCUUCGAGGGCCGCGGAGAUGAGCCUGGACCCUGGAGAAGGAGGCCAGGAGCCAGCCACUGGUUGUACAGGGAAGAAGACCCCAGGAGCCGAGCCCACCCCUUCUUUGUGUGGGGACCAGGGGACCAUGGCCUGGGUCCAGGACACUCUGGGCAGGGCCCUCGGGACAUCUCCACCCGAUCCUGGAGAACUGUGAGGAUCCAUUCAGCCUGCGCAGCUCUGGCUGGUCAGAGACAAGGCAGAACUUUGGAAAAACACAGACUGUUGGUGACAGAGGGUGUAUGUGUAUGUCUGUGCGUGAGUGUGAGUGUGUGUGAGAGAGAGAAUUGGUGAGUUUAAAAUAAAAGCUAUUUUUAAAUAAAAGACGUCGUUCUGAGCUGAGGAGGGGACCUGUGGACAUCGGAGGUCAGAGGUGGGCCCUCCCCUGGACUUAGAGAGAGGCACAGACGUUCCAGGGGCUGCCCUGAGCCCUAGAGGGGUGGGGCUGGGGAAGACAGGCAGAGCCCCCUCUCCGGGAGCCAUAACCAAACCUUCCUCAGUCUGCUAUUUAUCAGAUGUUCUUAACAACUGUUAGGUGUCUGGUAUGGUUGGUAAAGAAAUCUUAAUUUUAUUUAUUUUUGAAUAAGGACUGCGUUCAUUUCAUUCACAUGGUUCAAAAUUCGGAAGGUACCAGAGGAUAUGUGUUGAAAAGUCUCCCUGCCCCUGUCCUCCGGCCACCAGCUCUCCUCUCUGCAAGCAGCCUAGGGCACCAGUUUCCUGUGAUGUCCCAUUCGCUAUGAAUGAUCAGGCAAAUACACAAAUGACAGCACAUCGUACACACUUUCAGCUCCUUUUUUUCCUUAAUCUAGCUUGGUAUCAUCCCAAGUCAGUACCUAAAGGGUAUUUCAUUUCUUUCUGAGCUGCUUAUUAUUCCAUUUUGUGAACGUGCCGUCCUUCAAUCCCUCUUUGAUGCUAUCACCAACAAGGCAUGUGGUUUUCCACAGGUGCAAAUGAGUGCAUGCUAAAGGGGAAUAUUCCUACCGCUGUGUUAUCUGAAAUGACUUAGAAGACCAAUGACACCCAGAGGCACAUGGCAGGGUGACACCCUGAGUCCGUCCACCUUUGAAGCCCAGAGCAGCUCCUUCCCUGCCCUGGAGAUGCCCCAGGUGGAAAACCAGCACCUAUUACCCCGAUUACACUCCCAGGAGCCCUGGGAGGUGAAGGCUGGUGUCUCCCCCAUUGUAGACCCAGCAGAGACAGCGAUGGGUACAGCUGAUCAGUGCAGCUAGGAGUUCUUCGCGCUCUCAGGCUGGGGCUGUGUCCCUGUGAGGCGAGGAUCAGAGAAGCUUGAGAGGCCUGAGGGUGAGAGCCAGGGAAAGGCCAGGGCAGCCAGGCAGCCACCCUCUCCUCAGUAAGGUGCAUUCAUAUGCCUAUCUCAACAGUUUAUUUAUUUAACAACACUUUUAUUUUUAAUUUAUUUUUUUAAAGACAAGGUCUCACUAUGUUGCCCAGGCUGGUCUCAAACUCCUGAGCUCAAGUGAUCCAUUUCAUGUUUACUGACUGAAGUCUGGCCCCAGAGUCCAUAUUCCUAUCCCCUCUGUUCUGCCUCUACCCACUCCCCUGCAUUUGACCCUCUGAGCCUGAAUUGUGGCUCCCAUUUUGCAAAUUGACAGAUUGCCAAUACCCUCUGUGUGCCAGGCAUUGUGCCAGACACCACAGGAAUGAGCCCGACCAACCUGGUCUUCCUCACAGAUGAAAACCGAGGCCCGGGGAGAUCAAGGGAGUUGUGGAAUUGCCAGUCCCUAGGCUGGAGCAGGCCAUGAAACCACCACGCUUAACCCCUUUGGUGUGAGAAGUAGAGGAAAGAGGGCCCCAGGGGGCCAGGGUCCCCCACCCAGGAGAGCUUUCCAAGCACCCUCUACCUCACGUCCUUGCUGUUCCAGGGACACUGGCGUGGUUAUCCUGUGUCCCAGCGCGGCUGUGCUUCCCCCUUCGGGAACUGAUUAGGAAAGCACAUUGCUCUCCCUGCGCCUACCCCGGCCAGGUAUAGCCAGCCUCUGGCAAAGCCACAGGAAAAGGACUGUGGCUUUGUCAAUGGCAGGAAACCUGGGAGUGGGGGCAGAGCAGACACUUGGGUGCUCUGGCUAGAGGCCCACUCCGCCACCAGAUUUGCUGGGUGACCCCAGAUAUGUUGCUUGACCCCUCUGGGCCUCCCUGGCUCAAUCUCUAACUAGUAAGAGCAGCUAGAACAGAAAGAUAAGUAUUUGUUUUGCUUUGUGAGAUAGUUUUUACUAUACCCUGUUUGCAUUGGUAAGUAAUCCAAGUUGUGUCAAAUGGUAUGCAGUGAAAAGUACAGACCUCCCUCAGGCCCCUCCCCAGAGGCAGCUUCCUGAGUGUCCUUCCAGAAAGCUUCUAUACUGAUUACUGUUUCUGAAAAAAAAAAUUUAUAGGUUUCCCUGCCUGUGUUUUUCAUUGUAAAAUAAAUGCAAAAUGCUA